CAAUAUUGUUUCACAAGGUAACAGGUACUUGAUUUUGGUUCAUAAAGACGAUUUUUUAUUUGGUUCAAAAAUGCACUAUUUUUAUCAUGUGUUUUCAAAAAAAACUAUACAACAAUAAACUAUGCACGCCAUUACAUUAUCAAAUUUCAUACCUCACCUUCCUCCGGCCAACUGGCCGGGGCCCACACUAGUUCUUUCAUACAAAACGAACCUUCAGUGUCCAGGUUCUUCGUUGUCUAUUGUGAUUGUUACUUCACAGUUCAUAAUAGCAAAUCUCAAGUGGAGCAUUUCAAAGCCAAAAAGUAGCCUUAGUUGUGGUCAAUGGACGUUUGUAUUGAACCAUGGAUUUCUUCAAAACUGUCUACAGAUAGCCUGCUGCUCUUCCAUUCCAAGUACCCAAGCUCGAGAUAAACAAUAACAAAGAGCGCGAUGAAUAAAUUGAACUUUUCUUUUCGUCCUGGUUUGUUGGUGUACGAGGCAAGAACUCAACUCGCGAUGAAGAAAUUGAUCAUUUCCGUUCGCCGGGUGUUUGUUGGUGUACGAGAAAAGAACCUCAACUAAGCACCACAGGGGUGUAACAUGAUGGUUGAUCAGCUUAUCUUCUGAGUAUAAGAUUUGAGAUUCAAUCCAUUUCCACGAACCCUAACAAUACACGCAAGGAAAGCGUCAACUUAGGAGAACCAAAUCCACUGUUAAAGUUAGGGCAAUCCAUUUUCACUGUCAUACUUUUCAAGUAGAGAAACAAUUGCUUAUGGAGGGCAAAUAUGAGAGCUGCAAGCCGUGGAGCAUAGUUCCAUGGAGGGAGAAUAAACGGUUAUACCUACGGAACAAACCUGGACGCAGUCUCAGCACCGCUUCGGCACAAUGAAACUGAAUAACACGCAAUCCCAGAUGAACCGACCUCCCAGCACACGAAGAAUUCAGUAACAGGGUACCAUCUGUACCAUCAUGUGAUUGCUCUAUACCACCAGCCUCGCAUCUCAUCCUUGUCAUUCUGGUUUACCACACUGUACCCUCAACCAUCUUUGCUUCCCGACACAAUUUCGGAAUUUCCACACCCUGCUGCAACCGUUUAUAUACAUCCAAAAGCUUUCUUUCUUUGCUCUUGUCCAACUGAUUUCUCGUCAGCUAUUACCACGACCUGAAACUAGAUCUCGCAGAUUGGAGAAGAAAGUUCACCUGCCGCUUUGGAAUUGCCAUCACCAUAGCGACCGCCUCAAAUAUGAGAAGUAAAUUUGGACAUCAUGCCCCAGUUCUCAGAGAUUGAGCCAAAUACUAAACAGAAUUUUAGCAGUCCCCAGAGAGGUCCUACAUUCCUGAGAUAUCUACACGCUUCCUUCACCUCCGGACUCUUUUCGAACAAGGUACUCAAUAUCAACAAUUUUGGCAAAAGCAAGAUAUAGGCUGCCCUUGUACCAAAAAUGUCUUCCGACCAUUACCUAAUGAUUCCUACAUAUGCUGGCUACACCAUAUCUCAGUUAUCUGUUAUCCAUUACCAACAGCUCGGUGAGAGUAAGCUAAAACUGCUCAGCCUUCUCAUCUCAACACAAAACUUCAGAAGUAGUACACCAUCUUGUGAUCGGCUGUACCCAUGCUUAGUACUACCAACAAAAGGGAGCGGCCAGUUUCAGUUUCUUACUUGGAUCAAACCUGCAACUGGGGAACCAAGCAGGAGUCACGGCAGAUAUCUGAACCUGCAGCGACACCAGCAUCCAUGACUUCGAAUUACAACCUCAUUUCAUUACAUGGCAGUUUGCAGUCACUAAAUCAGCUCACGAGUAUCAUGCGUCGGAUCCUCCAUAGUCCUAAGACUCCAUCCCGAGAACGGUUCCCAGUUGAUAACUUCUGUGGAAUAUUUCAGGCUACAUAAAACCCUGCAAAUCGGAUUAUGUCAAUUGAUAUUCGAGGAUACUUAUGCAUGAUACUGGCCCUUGAACCCAGAAUGCACUUUACAAAGAACUGUAUCAAAUGCCUUUAAGAGCUCCAGCAACUUUGGAAACAGUAUUUGAUCUAGAACCCACAAAUGUUUAUAUCAAGCUAAAUUAUUUCAUAAUUAUUCUACAUAAAGCAAUGAACAAAAAAUUUCCUC